GGAAGAAGAAGAAGAAGAGAAGGGAGAGAAGGUAGAGGAGGAAGAAGCAGAAGCAGAAGAAGAGGAGAAGGAGACAGCCAACACAUAUCCCAGGUGUGUCCAUCAUCAGGGCCUGAAACUGAGUGUGAAGGGGCUGAGAGUGAGACAGACAGGAGAAGAGAAGUACGGUCAGCUCAGAGAGAUCCUAGGAGACCAGUAUGUCAGGGAGGUUACCUGCGCCCCUGAAGGAGAUAGAGUGGUCCUCCACCUCUAUCACCCUAGUGUACCUAUGUGUUCCCUGUUGAAUCACCACUUCAGUCACUUGGCCACUAAAUUCCCUGAGUGUAAGUUCCUGCUGAUCCUGGCGGGGCAGUGUGUCCCCAACUACCCUGUCAGCCACCUCCCCACCCUGUUCAUCUACGACUCAGGAUGUAUCCUCAACUCACUGAUAGGAGAGAAGGCCUGUGGAGGGAGGAAUGUAUUGGAAGAUGAGCUGAAGUGGAUGCUGGCCCAGUCGGGAGCGUUUGUGAUUGACAGCUACGAGGCCUUAUACCAGGAGGGCACGCCCAUCACAACGCCGCGUUCGGAACAGGAAGACUACAGCGAUGACCAGUCUGAUCACUAUGACAACCAAGGCACCGAGGUGUAG